GCCUGGGCGACCCAUCCGGCCUCACCAAACGAACCUUCCGCACGCCCCGUGUCACACGGUCCUCGCGUCCGCUUCGUGAGCCAUGCGCCGCCUGAGAUGACUCGCGAGGCGAAGCCAAAGGCGCGCGCCAAGGGCAAGGCUAGGGCCAAGAGCGCAGGAGGCCGCGCCGGCGCGCCGCAGCGGGCACGGAGCUUCCGGCGGCCAGCGGCAAAGGCCACGCCACGCAAGCGAUAUCGUCAGAAGACCUCGGAUCCGGCCUUAGCGAGGGCCGAAGGAGUUCAGAGGCCAAGACAGCCGGGCGACGAGCCAACGCGACCGCGGAAAUCAAGGAAGUUGGCCGAAGAGGCCGAAGACAAGGAUGAGAACAGCAGUGAGUUGAUGGAGGACUCGGACUUCAACUCUUCCGAUCUGGACGCGGUGCUGUGGGCGGUGGGCGGCCAAGAGCUGGAAGAGUCAGGCAAGAUGGCAGAGCGUAUGAACAACCGGCGCAUCAACAAGAAGAGGAAGCAGAGGAAGAAGGUGCGAGAGUCCAAGACAGCGGUGCAAAGCGCUCGCGAGAACUGCAAGGCCACCCCGCAGGCGCGGGAGCAGUUGGCCCAGGGCCAGGCGCAGUACGCCUGCGGCGACUUCCUGCAGGCCAUCGAGUCCAUGCGCGCGGCCAUCCGAGAGCAACCCGGGCUAGCCGAUCCGUACCACGUGCUGCACCUCGUGUACACGGAGCUAUCAGAGGACAAGAAGGCCUUGGAUGCCCUGCUCUUGUCUGCCUACUUCACGUCGCCGUCCUCAGAGGCGCGGCCAGUGUGGCGCAAGGUUGCAGACCUGUCAAUGCGGCUGGAGCUGGCUGACCAGGCCUGCUAUGCCUUCAAGCGCAGCAUCGGCCCCCGAGGUUCUCGCACUGAGGAUGACUGGAAAUCCCUCUGGGAGCUGUCCCAACUGCUGUUCAAGAAGGACAAUGUCGACAGAGGCAUCGAGCUCCUCUAUGAGCUCUACGAGGACACCGAGGAGCCCAAGCUGGCCUGUGUGGUGGCCAAGCGACUGGUCCAAAGGCACCGGUGGAAGGAGAGCGUGGCCUUGCUGGAGAGCUGCGUGGAGAGGGGGCGCCAGGCCAAACCCCCGCGAGUGGACCUGAACACCUUGAACAUCCUGGCGGAGGUCCUCAUGGAGCUCCGCGACUUUGAGAAGUGCGCGCAGCUUUUGAAGGAUCUUCUGCACCUGACGCCAGCGCCAGGCAGCGAGGGCGACGGCAAGAGCACGGCGCUGGCGUUGAUCCCCGCGACUGACACCAAGGCGUUGAUGAAGCGUCUGCACAACAGCCCGGUGGAUUUGGUGGCCAAGCUGGGCGCGGCUUUGUGCCAGAUCCCGGCCAAGGAUGAAGAGGACCCAGUGGGCAAGUGCGCCAUCGAGGUUGUCUUGUCUCACCCUGCGGAGACUCAUCAAGAUCUGUACCUGCUGCUUGUGGACGCUUUGCUGGCAGAUGCGGGCACGACUGCGGACACGGUCAGCCAGCGGUGGCGGCAGCGGGCCAAGGUUCGGCCCUGGGCUGCAGAGCAGGCGCACCACAUCUUGCAGCUGCUCGCGGAGUGCCAGCUGGAGGACCUCCGGGAGCGCCAGGCCAUGUGCCUUUGGCGCAUGGGGAAGGUGGAGGAGGCGGCUCUGGCCCUGGAAGCGUUGCUGGAGGACCCAGGGGAUCGCACAGACGUGGACCUGCGCAACCUGAGGGUCCGCGCAGCAGAAGCGUGGAUAGAGCAGGGCAACUCUGACCGAGCAGACCAGGUGCUAAGCUCGCUCAGCUACGAGGACCUGCAGCGUAGCAACGUGCUGCCUCCUGCGCUCAGCGCGGCGGAGCGGAGGAACCUCUACAAGGAGAUCACGCAAACCAUCGAAAAGACUCUCUCCGCUGCUGUGGCCGCCAAUGACAGAGCGCAUCCCCACAUCUAUGUGGGCAGUGCAGAGGAGCUGGCCUCGUUUAUCUCCAAGUUUCGGCAUCUGGUGUACGACUGCGAGCUUGACUACAAGCGCUUGUCCGCCUACAGCGCGAGCCAAAGGGAGCAGAAGGAGUCGGCCGCGCUGGCCAUUGAGGAUGCCAAGAGUCCUGACAAGGCGAAGGAAGAGGCCGAGAAGGACGAGGAAAAGGACGAGGACCUGGAGAAGACGAAACGGGCGGCCAAGACCAUGUUGAAGCCCGUCAAGGGGGCGCGGGCCAAGGCGGAGGAAUCGAUGCAGGCGUCCACCAGCUACCGCUGGAAGCGAAAGCACCUGGGCCUGGAUUCGGUGGAGGACAUGUUCGGGUUCGAGUCGUACCUCUCGAUGGUAAAGAUGGGCGUGGACAUCAUCCGCAGUUAUGCAGUGUCGCAGAAGAAUUCCAAGUCGCGGGAGGGCGUAAUCCAGGCAGCACGUGCGGUGGAGCUGUGCGAGAUGAUCAUCUCCAACCGAAAGCUGGUCUCCGUGCGGAAUCCGGUGAAGCGGCGCCUGGUGCGAGACCUGGCCAUGACCUCCCUCACCGCAGGUUUUGAGGCCCGCCUCUGGAAGGUGGUCUUCAAGCACCUGCGCGUGGUGUGCGAUCGCAACGACAACGAUCAUCUCGUGGCGCUGUUCACGAGAAUCUUGUUCACCCAUGCAGACGUGGACGGCUUGUGCGGCCCGGCCUCCCAAGACCGCGCAGAUGUGGCCCCCUGGGAGCACGAGAAGACCGGCUUCUCCGCCUCCGGGCACCGCAACACCUAUGCUGCAGCCUUCACAGAUGUGCGCAGCUGGGCCAUCCGGCGGCUGCUGAAGAGGCCGCGCGCCUAUGCCCUCACGCUGCUAUGUGGGCACUUUUGCACCAUCGCCUCGCAGUAUCCAUUCUCGGUGGCAGAAUACUCGCGGGCCCAUCGGCUGUCUCCCUUCGAUCCGUUGCCGGCCCUUUGCACCGCCACAGCCUACAUCUCCUUCGCCAUGUCGCGUGCCGCAGUUUGGCGGCACGACCUGGUGCUCAAGGGCCUGAACUUCCUGCAGCGCUACCAACGCCUGCGCCUGCGCUCCGCAGGUAUUCUUCCCACGGAAGAGGAUAAAGAAGACGAGGAGUGGGUGGACUCCUGGGGCGGUCUUUCCUCAGAGCGCCAGCCUUGGGAAGAGAGGAUCCCAGAUGACCCGUUAGAUCGCUUGGCAAUGCGGGCGGAAGCUGCCUACAACUAUGGCAGGGCCUUCCACCAGCUGAGCAUUGUGAACCUGGCCGUAGAGGCAUACGAAGCUGCGCUCAGCUGCUUCGAUGGCCUUUCCGAGGCAGAGAGCUGCAGGACCGACCUGGUUGUGAUCCGCCGCUCAGCUGCCUGGAAUUUGGCAUACCUCUUUAAGGCGCAGGGUAUCCCCGCCUUGGCUGCGGAUGUGCUUUGCAAACACGUCGUGUGGUAGCGAGGCCAAGCUCUUCGAGGACCUCAAGCACAAGCAGCCAGCCCUGCGGCUCGAGUGAGGCAAUCUCCGCGUCACAAGGCGCGCGCACAGAGCUCGCGGAAACGGCGGCGGCUUGGUCCA